CGGGAAAGUCUAGGGCUUGGUGGUGGUCGGCGGGGGUUGCGGCUGCUGGUGGUGAGAAGCCGCGUGUGGGAGGGGAAGGCGAAGGCCGCGAUCAGCUCGCGGUCGUGACCGGUCAGCAUUUCCACGAAGAAUCCUUCCCGCGUUCCCUGCCAUGCAAACCUGAGGCGUCCCCUCCGGGCACCGAGGACGAGCCAGAAGCGUCGGCUACACCGGAUCAAAUUGUAGAGGGGAGAGUGCUGGCGCAGGAUGUCUGAACGGCCGGGCCCUCCGCCUGUGAUCUUCUGCCCCGGGGACUCCCCGAAGCGUGUCUUGGUCUCUGUCAUCAAAACCACCCCUGUCAAGCAUCCCCACGGAAGCAGCGAAGAUCCCGCCCGUGUCCCGCCGCCGCCGCCCAUCCCAACCAGCCCAGGCUUCAGCGACUUCAUGGUCUAUCCGUGGCGCUGGGGGGAGAACGCGCACAACGUCACCCUCAGCCCUCCCCCCGCCACCACUCAGCCUCUCGGCGGCGGCGGCAGCGGCGGGCCCCGAGGCGUCGCCAGCCGCUCGGGUGGAGAGGACGAAGAAGCGGACAGUCCGGACAGCGGCAUCGGGGGCAGCGGGCAUUUGAGGGAUGGUAUUAGACGAGGCCGACCAAGAGCAGACACAGUUCGAGAUCUAAUAAAUGAGGGAGAGCAUUCUUCUAGCAGGAUUCGGUGUAAUGUUUGCAACAGAGUCUUCCCACGUGAGAAGUCUUUGCAGGCACACAAAAGAACUCACACUGGCGAAAGGCCUUAUUUGUGUGACUACCCAGAAUGUGGGAAAGCCUUUGUUCAGAGUGGGCAACUUAAAACACAUCAGCGUCUCCAUACAGGAGAGAAACCUUUCGUCUGUGCAGAAAAUGGAUGUGUGAGCAGAUUUACACAUGCUAAUCGUCAUUGCCCCAAGCAUCCAUAUGCCAAGUUGAGGAGAGAAGAACCUACAGAUAGAUUGAAUAAAAAACAAACUGCAGACAACAAGGCUGUUGCUGAAUGGCUGGCAAAGUACUGGGAAAUGAGAGAACAGCGUACUCCUACACUGAAAAGCAAAACUACUCAUAAGCCUGACCAGGAGCAGCAAGAUCCCAUGGAAUUCCUGCAAUCCGAAGAUGAAGAGGAAGAAAAAAAUACUGCUCAUUCAGCCCUCUGUAGCCGCAUUCAAGAACAGCGUGAACGCUUGCAUGGGGCACUGGCACUUAUUGAGCUCGCAAACUUAGCCGGCGCUCCAUUGCGACAGUAAUAGAAGAACUGGACCUGCUGAUAAAAUGUACUGCAUUUUGGUACUAAACCAAUUAGUUCCCAAGCAUAAGCUAAGCACCUUACUUGCUUCCAUAGGCUGCUAUUAUGUAGAAUUUAUGAAGAAUGUUGUUUCCCCAGAAAAUGGGGUAAAAGAAUUGCACUUUUUUGUAUGGUAAAGUCAGAUGUAAAGCUUUUUAAGUAUUUUGUAAAUAGAAGAUUGUAUAAUGCAGGAUGGAAAUGGUCAUGUUAUAGAAUGCUAGAUUUGCAAGGUUAGGGCUGUGCUUUUAAUCACAGUUAUGUGGAAGUGAGCCACUGAAAUUAGUCAGUCUUGCCUCUACGUAAAAGUGCUUAAAAUUAGGAUGCCAGUCAUUCUUUGAAUCAGUUCUCACAGGAAGCACUUUCUGAACUCAUGCUGGAACAAUGGUACACCUGUUCAAAGAAAUUAGUCUGAAGGGUUUUUUUAACAUUGGAUGUAAACAGUAAUGGAUCCAUGCUUUCUCAAAAAUCAAUAUUUUACUUAGCAUUACCAGCAAGGAUGCCAGAAUAACUCUUAACAUUGCUACUGUAGAGAAGAAUUGGUUGGUUGGUUCAGAAUCUUCACUGUGACUGAUGACAUGAAGGCUGACUUUUGUGGACUGGGAUCUCAGCAGUCUCUUGGUUGAGUAGCACUUGUUGUUCCUAAUAGAAUGUUGGGAAUGUUUGCACAUUGUUGGACUUGCCUAAAACUGAGUGAUUACCCUUGCAAAUCUUCAGCAUUGUAACAUAUAAAGCAUGGAUUUCUUUCGGAUUUCUUAGACAAUAGCAUGUAUGUUUUGUUCAUAGGAAUAUUUACAAGGCAUUGUUAUGAGAUUCUCAUUUGCAAACACUAAAGUACUGCUUCAGAAAAUUUUCUUGCAGAUAGUUUUCUUAUUGCAUAACGCCACCUUAUUGUUUGUUUGAAACUUACAUGCCAAGUUUUUGUUCACUAACUGUAGCUCAGUUACUGAUACAAUUAUGAAAUGUUGCUAUAAAUUAGGAAAAUAGUUUCCAGCAGUAGUUGCAAGUGUGGGAUGUAUGGGUUAGGAUUUCCCUAAGUGAAGCUGUAGACUAGCACUUCGUGCUGUUGAGCACUGAAAGAAAGUUUUAGCAGAACAUCAUAUUGUUCUUAGUAGUUUUAAGUAAUUUAUCAUAUGCCAGAUAUGUGCCUUGAUAGGUACCUGAGUAAAAUGAGUAAAGGUGUAUAAUAGACUGAGCAAGUUCCAUACUCCUGAUUUUAAAAGAAUAAAGGCUACUGGCAUAAGCAUAUGAUUUAUCUAAUUAUUGUCCAAAUGACCUCCUCCUAUGAGUCAAGCUGGCUUAGAAUUCCUGAUCACAGCAUAUAAGCAAAGAAAGCUUUUUCCUUCUCUAAACUUCAAUGACUAAUAUCUUAGUUUGGCAAUAUGAAAAUACACGCACGCCCUUUGUUGCUACUUCCAAGAUUAUAUAGAUGAUGUGUUAGAUUCAGAUAGUUUACAGAAGGUGCCUUUUGCUCAGUUUUCUGUGAUUUCCUUCCUUGGUUUCCUACCAAGAGAACUCCACAUUGCAGGAGCCCUGAUGCAAGGAAAUGUGUUUUGGAGGUUCUGAGGACUAGGAGAGGGGCAAGAAAGUCAACAUUCAGUUUCAUCCCCUUCCACAGGUAACUAUCUGAAUCCAGUUCUAUACCUAUAAGGUCGACCUAACUUUGAUAUAUCCUCAGAACUGUGUAUUAAUGUUAGCAAACAGCUAGAAAGGGGGAAGAUAGUGCAGGAAAUUGAUCUGAAUCAUAAAAUUGUCACUUUUGGGCUUAUUAACAUCAUAUGUUUGACACCUCUGCUUCUGUAAUAAAAGCACUUCUACUUGGACCUUUUUGGCUAUAUAAAAGUUGAUUCGGAAUGUCAGAAAAUAAAGCUAAGGAACUUAAAAUGCAACUUUGAUGUUUUCUCUGAAGCUAAUUAAGCAGCAGAGAAAGACAUUUGCACUUCAUGGAAUCCAGUUGAUAUCAUUGUAGAAAUUAUGACAACAGGAACUCAUGAGAAUGAAGUCUAAUUUGUUGUCAAUGCACGCAAAUUUCUUCCCUAUUUCUAUAUAUUAUUUACACUGAAUACAUAUUGAAAAUAUGUAUUUAAUUGAAAUACAUUCUGCCUAGCUGUAGGCAGAUCAAGCUGCUUUACCAAUUAUGUAUAAAAUACAUAUUUGGAAAAACUCCAUUUGUGAAAAAAGAUUUGGGUUUUUUUUUUUUUUAAGUGGUGGUUAAAGAAUUCUCUGCUUCAUGUGAUUAAGCUGUAUUUUUGGCAUGAGUUAAAGUGCUGUAAUUCUAAUAAGCUUGGAAUAAAAAGUUGCCUGAAUUUAAAUUUUG